AUGAAGUACCUCGCUGCCGCAUUUAUCGUAGCCAUUUCAGCAUUGGUCUCUUAUGCCGACCCACUUCCUGAUCUUCUGAGAAUAGUCGGUUCUCACCCCGGUUACAAGCCAGCACCAACAAGUACACCGAUACCACAACUCUGCGCCCAAAAACAACUAGCUUUCGGUGACAAGACCUGCACUUACGUCUAUCAAUUUAGCAGUGACGAUAACGGUGACAAUGCUAGUGCCAGAUCCUUCAUCAUCGACACCAACUGUGUUAUACUACAAACGGGCGAUGCUCCAAUCCAAGCGUCCACUUCAACUUGGAGUUAUCAGUUUAGAACAUGCAAUAUUGUCAAACUGAACGAAGUCAUUAAGCAAAAGUGGGAACCUACGAAUACAGAGUAUCUCAUGCCUCUCUAUCAGAGUGAUGGGCAGAUGUCAAGAGACGGUCAACGUGGUCCAUCAGAGAACGGCCAUGGCGAUAAGAGAGAGGCAUGUACCUUGAAAUAUAACGAUCUCCCCGAUAAGGGAGCACGGUACGCAUGGAUUUGUCCAUUUGAAUGCCCCUGUUGA